UUUAAAUGCCUAGAACUUGUGAAAACACAAAAUUUGAAGAAUAGAUACACUUAAGUUUGAUUUAUUUUUUAAAAAUAAAAUGGCAAAGAUGAUAGCUUUGUUUGUUGUUUGCUUAGUAUUAUUUGCUUCUAUUCAUGCUAGUGCCAAUUUCAUGGACACUUUUCUUGUUGUUGGCAAAGUUUAUUGCGACACUUGUCGUUGUGGCUUUGAGACCUCUGCCUCCAAGUAUCUUCCUGGGUCGUGGAUUAGAAUUGAGUGCAAGAAGAGGGACACUAACGACUUGGCAUACACAGUUGAAGGUGUGACAAACUCUAAAGGAGAAUACAAGAUCCUUGUGAACAGUGACCGUAACGAUGAAUUUUGCGAUGUGGUCCUUAUUAGAAGCUCCGAUCCUACGUGUGCGGAACCCAACACGGGUCGCGAUCGCGCCCGUGUUGUCCUCACUCGCAACAAUGGCAUGGUUUCUAAUACUCGCUUCGCUAAUUCUAUGGGAUUCCUUUCUAAUGAGCCACUUGCUAGUUGCACAAAAAUUCUCCAGCAAUACGAAUUUUCAGAAGAACGGUUUUAAAAAAUUAUUAUUAUGAUGAUGAUGAUGAUGAAGAAGAGGAAGAAGCAGCAGCAUUGUUUUUAAUUGCAGAUGAUGUUAGGUUAAAUUAAACUGAUGAGUAUAUUGUCAAAAUUUAUGCAUGUUUGUGUUUGAUUUUCUAGAUGUGUUUUGUGUAAUGAAUCCUUUUAAGGGUGUGUUUGGAACAAAGAAAAUGUUUUUCAUGAAAA